AUGACCCAGGCGGAGGUCAAAAGGGCCGUGGGGGACGACCAAAGCGGCUACCUCAUAAAUGUACUUGAACAUAAAACUGUUCAGACGUACGGCCAUGCCCAGGUGUACCUCACCGCAGAGGAGUACGGGUGGUGCCGGAGAUGGCUGGGCCUCCUCCGACGCACCGUGCCUAGCAACGUGUAUUUUUUUUGCUCUUUCGGAGCAGGGCCCAUCAAAGAUCUACGGGGCUACAUGGGGCGAGCCUGGACCGACAUGGGCCUGGGUCCAGUGCCCACAUUCAUGGACAUUCGGAGCGCUGUGGCCACCUACAACUAUGAGUCAAACCAGGACCCAAAGACCAGGGAGAGCGUGGCACAAUUCAUGUGCCACAGCGAGCGAGUGCAGGAGAAAUUCUACGCCCUGCAUAAAACUGUGAAGAGGGCAAGAAAGAUGCGGGAGUUCUUUGUUGCCCUCAGCAUGAUGGAGCAGGAUGAUGGGCCAGGCACUAGUCAGGACGCCCCUUCUCCCCAAAAGCCUGUGAAAAGACGCAAAGACUCCCUGACGGUGAAGGCGGCCAAGAAAAUCCGCCAUCUUUUGUCCCCUCAAAAGAGGAAUUUGGACAAAAAGCAAAGACAACUGCGGGUCCGUCUCCCGCGGUUACCGAUGGACACUAAACUCAGUACCAGCACCAAGGACAGCACCAGCACUGAGAACAUCACAGCGAUGACUAAGUCCAAACAGUCGGGCCAGUGCCCCAUCUGCUUCAAAGUGCUUCAGCAUAUAAGCAAACACAUCCGCAAGGUACAUCGUAUCCUAAACCCGACCGAGCGGAGGAUACUGAACGCCAUAGCGAGUGGGAGGGUUGAAAUUGGGAAGGGAACAUGCCCGGUCCCAGGGUGUGGGCUCUUUAGGAGACGACUCUCCAGCCAUAUUGCUCUCCACCCUGAUCUGCUCCCCGGCACAAGGGAGGCCUUCAAGAAGGUAGCCCGCAGGGAGGCCGCGUUGAAGCAGCUGUCAGAGCUGCGGGCUACCAACCCUCAACCUCCCAUGGCCUCGGUGUUGGACCUUGCCUCUGAAUGCCGGCACCCCUCCUGCAUUCAGAGGGAGGUUAGGAUCCGGGAGUUGGAGAGCACUGACAAGGAGCCAGCCCAGGACGAAGAGCCAGCCCAGGACGAAGAUGUCCAAGAGUCAGAGCAGUCUGGGGUAUAUGAGCCUAACCCCCUCGACCCAGAGGAGCAAGCGGUCGCCCUCGACCCGGCGGUCAUUAAUGACCACACCGGGGAGUGUGAAUGCUUCCUCUGCUUCCUCUUUACCGUCAUGUGA